AUAGUCUUUCAACAGACAAGAUGACCAACAAGAUGACCAAAGAACUGCUCCGCUGGGAAGACAGCCCUGGUNNCUUGCACCACUGUCCCAAGUGCCAGACUCCAUUGAACAACCCAAGAGCCAAACAUACCUGCUACCUCAAGCAUGUAGAGGUUUGUCCGUUGUUCCACCAACACUUCUUUAUGAUUGAAGGAUCGGCUAACACUGGAAAUACAGGCCAAGCUCACAACUGCGACACUUGUCGCCGUAACAAAAGCGCCCACAACGAGCGCCACAGACAGCUCGCCUUGCUCCUCCGCCAACUUGUCCUGCUCCAGCAGGAACAAGGCAUCGAGCCCAGCGGCUGCUCAGGCUCGCCUUUCUCCCCUACCAGCAAAAGAGCCUCCAUCUCCUCCUUUGCCGAUAACGACCCAGAGACUACUUCAAAGCUCAAGAAGCGAGAGCGCAAGAAGGCGAAAAAGCGCAUCAAAGCCUUGAGAGGAGGAGACGCCCUUACCACAGCCGAAGUAGCUGUCGUAGAAACUGCUCUUCACCCGUCCUCUCGCAACGACAGCAUCUCGUCAGCUUCAUCUUCUUCGACCAACGCCACCAAAAGCCAGAGUACCGAUAGUGAUGACUCUGAAUCCACCCCUGCCUCGCCCACGUCACCCACCACACCCAUCACCGAGAACCCAGCCUUUACCAGCCUCAUGAACGCAAACAAAGCCUUCCACCCCGACGUCAACGGCAAACUCAACUCCACCCGCAUGGCCCUGCAAACCAAACUCCUCUCCGUGCUAGACGAGACUUACCCUCCCUUGGACAUUUCGGUCGAGAACGCCAUGCAUGCUCUCAACAUCCCUGACAAUGGUGCAAAGACUCCCAAGUGUGUUGUCGAGCUUGUGGCAAAGAUCAAGGAGGCCGUCAAGGAAGAUUUGUUUUGUGCUGAGUGUGAUGUGCGCAAGUUUCGUCUCAGAGAGGCUGGUUGGUAUCGCUUUGUCAACCGCAGCGUGAUGGCUUUGAGGGAGGAG